AGUUGUUUAGCUGGAAAAGAUGAUGGAGCCGGGCCGUUUUUUCUUUGAACCUUCGCCGUCGUCGGCGGUUUGCCAGCAAGGUGGUGGUGGCAACAUGUUGUUCCUCGGCAAUCCUGAUCACGGUUUUCGAGGGCAAAGAUCGAUGAUGGGAUUGAUGGAUCAGGAGAGCUCACGGAGGCGACCUUUUUUCAGCUCCUCCUCGUCGCAGGACGAACUGUUCGACGAGGAAUACUACGACGAGCAGCUGCCGGAGAAGAAGCGCCGCCUCACUUCUGACCAGGUGCAUAUGCUGGAGAAGAGCUUUGAGACAGAGAACAAGCUGGAGCCGGAGCGAAAGACGCAGCUGGCCAAGAAGCUAGGACUGCAGCCGAGACAGGUGGCCGUGUGGUUCCAGAACCGCCGCGCUCGGUGGAAGACCAAGCAGCUCGAGCGCGAUUACGACCUUCUCAAGUCUUCCUAUGACACCCUUUUGUCUGAUUACGACUCCAUCCUCAAGGAGAAUCAGAAGCUCAAAUCCCAGGUGGUUUCCAUAAACGAGAAGCUUGGAGGUAAAGAGCAGGCUAGUAGCACAAAAGCAACAGCAUUUGCAGCGGAUGAUCACGAUGACGAGAAGCGCGGCCCUCUUCUUCCAGCCGGUGAUCAGUUGACGGAGGUUGUUCCGAUAACUAGUCUCCAGUAUAGCUGCAGCGUCAAGGUGGAGGACCGCCUGAGCUCAGGGAGCGGAGGAAGUGCCGUGGUGGACGAGGCCGAAGGCCCUCAGCCUGUGGACAGCAGUGACUCCUAUAAUUUCCCAAACAACAUCCACAAUUACUACUCUCAUGAUCAUGACACUCAUCAUCAUCAUCAUCAUCAUCAAUACACGGCGCCACAUGAUCAUGUAGAACAUCAUCGUAGAGGAGUCCACUCAGAAGAAGAUGACGGUAGCGAUGACGGCCAGUGUUACUUCUCCGAUGUCUUUGCAGCCGCAGCAGCGGAGCAGCAAGCAGCACAGGAGGAAGGUGUUUCUUUGAACUGGUGGGGAUGGUCAUAAAUGGCUAAAUCCCCUAAAUUG